AUGUCCGAACAACUCAUCCACAGCGGCAACGGGACCGUCCCGACCCAGUCCGCUUCCACGUCGACGCCGUCGACGAAGGAGACCCUUGAUGCCGAGCGCAGCGAGAGCCUGAACAAGCAAGCCUCGCAGCAGCAAGCCAAUGGCAACGGCGAUGGCGCCCACACACUUGCGACCCUGCCCAAGUCAUGGCGCUUCACCUCGCAGCUUCCGCCCGACCCGCUCUUCCCCACGCCCGCCGACUCCCACAAGACCCCGAGGGACCAGAUCACGCCGAGGCAGCUGCUCGCCGUCUCCCCCGCGGCCCUGCGCGACCUGAACAUCAAGCCCGCCGAGGCCACCACCGACGGUUUCCGCCAGUGGGCGGCCGGCAACGUCCUCCUGGGCUGGGACGAGGAGCGGCUCACGGGCGGGUACCCGUGGGCGCAGCUGUACGGCGGGUUCCAGUUCGGCCAGUGGGCGGGCCAGCUCGGCGACGGGCGGGCCAUCAGCCUGUUCGAGACGACGACGCCCGCGCCCACGGCUUCCGCCAGCGACCCCUGGGCGGCCGGCGGGGACGAGACGGUGUACGAGGUGCAGCUCAAGGGCGCGGGCAUGACGCCCUACAGCCGGUUCGCGGACGGCAAGGCCGUGCUGCGGAGCAGCAUCCGCGAGUUCGUCGUCAGCGAGGCGCUGAACGCGCUCGGGAUCCCGACGACGCGCGCACUGGCGCUCAGCCUGCUCCCGAACAGCAGGGUGCGCCGCGAGACCUUCGAGCCGGGAGCCAUCGUCGUGCGCUUCGCACAGAGCUGGGUGCGCUUGGGCAACUUUGACAUCCUUCGCGCCCGCGGUGACAGGGACUCGAUCCGCAAGCUGGCCACGUACGUCGCCGAGGAGGUGCUGGGUGGCUGGGAGCGGCUGCCGGCGAGGCUCAGCAACCCUCAGAAGCCGGCCGACGCGCCGGACCUGGAGCGCCCGCCGCGCGGACUGGUUGGCAAGGACGAAGUGCAAGGUCCCUCGGACGUGGCGGAGAACCGCUUCGCGAGGAUGUACCGGGAGGUUGUGCGUCGCAACGCUCUGACCGUCGCUAAGUGGCAGGCCUACGGAUUCAUGAACGGCGUGCUGAACACGGACAACACCUCUAUCUACGGGCUUUCGAUUGAUUUUGGACCUUUCGCCUUUAUGGACAACUUCGACCCGGCUUACACGCCCAACCACGACGACCACAUGCUGCGAUACAGCUACCGCAACCAGCCUACCAUCAUCUGGUGGAACCUCGUACGACUGGGCGAGGCAGUCGGUGAGCUGCUCGGCGCAGGCGAUACUGUCGACAGCGACAAGUUUGUCGUGGAUGGCGUGUCCGAGGGCCCAGAGGCGGACGAGCUAGUGUCGCGCGCCGAGAAGCUUAUCGAGCAGGCUGGCGAAGAGUACAAGGCAGUGUUCCUAACCGAGUACAAGCGGCUCAUGACGGCGAGGCUGGGCCUCCGGCGGUUCCAUGAGUCCGACUUCCAGGACCUGUUCAGCGGCCUGCUCGACGCGAUGGAGGCUCUGGAGCUGGACUUCCACCACACCUUCCGCCGCCUCAGCUACGUUAAGGUCGCGGACCUGGCCACCGAGGACCUGAGGAGGGAGACGGCCGGCGUCUUCUUCCACAAGGAGGGCAUCAGCGCCACGGGCAUCUCGGACGCCGAUGCCCGGCAGCGGGUGGCUGCGUGGCUGGACAAGUGGCAGGCGCGGGUCGUCGAGGACUGGGGCGUGGAGGGCGAAGAGGGGAAGCGCGUGAUCGAGCCGGCCAAGGAGGAGGAGAGGAUGGCCGCGAUGAAGAAGGUCAACCCGAGCUUUAUCCCGCGGAGCUUUGUGCUGGACGAGAUCAUCCAGAGGGUGGAAAAGGGUGGCGAGCGUGAUGUCCUGCGACGGGUCAUGCACAUGGCACUGCACCCCUUUGAGGAACAGUGGGACGGCGAGAAGUUUGAAGGGGCGCAGUACAAGGGCGACAGGGAAGAGGAAGUGAGAUGGACAGGCGAUGUGCCCAGGUUCCAGAGGGCUAUGCAAUGUAGCUGCAGCUCAUAG